CUUCUUUUCCUUCUGACGCAACGUGAUAGACAUCUUGAUUUUCCAUCAUGAAUAUUUUCUUGCGCGGCAAUUCGUCUUACACCUACAAUUGUAGUCCAGCGACUACCAUUGCUGAUUUAAAGCAUUACUUAAAUGAUAGAGAAGGACUACCAGUAACCGAGCAAGUUAUUACUUAUGGAUUACAAGUAUUAGAAGACCACGUUACUUUGGCCGAUUACGCCAUCGAAGCCGACUCAACAUUGAACGCUUUCGUACGAUUACAUGGAGGUAAAGUACACGGUUCCUUAGCUCGUGCUGGUAAAGUCAAAAAUCAAACACCAAAGGUUGAACAACAAGAAAAAAAGAAAAAGAAGACAGGACGCUCCAAACGUAGGAUGCAAUACAAUCGCCGUUUCGUCAAUGUUGUACAAGGAUUUGGACGAAAGAAGGGACCUAACUCUAAUAGCUCUUAAAAUACUGUAGUACACUCUCUAGCAACCUAUACUAUGUAAGCUUGUACUCAAUGUAUAAACAAAAAUUGGAUUAAAAAGUUUGUUGCUAU